AUCUCCCCUUAAAUGUAUUGUACAGUUUCCUUUCAAAAUGGCAGCCUCCAUAAGAAAAAUUGUUAAAUUUAUAGAUAUUGGAGCAAACCUUACAGAUCCUGUUUUUAGAGGUGUAUACCAUGGAGCUAAAAAGCAUGAAGAUGAUUUCAAUGAUGUAUUGCAAAGAGCCUAUGAUAAUGGAGUAGAAAAGAUAAUGGUUACAUCAGGCAUGCUGAAAGAUGUAGCGGAAGCUUUAGAUAUAUGCAAAUCACAUGAAAAUCUCUACACAACUUCUGGAUGUCACCCGACACGAUGCACUGAGUUUGAGAAGAGUGGUGACCCAGAAAAAUAUCUUAGUGAUCUAAUUCAGGUUGUCAAGGAUAAUCCAGACAAGAUAGUAGCCAUUGGAGAGUUAGGACUAGAUUAUGAUAGACUUAAUUUUUGUCCUAAAGAAACACAACUCAAAUAUUUUGAAAAACAGAUGGACCUUGCAGAAGCUACGAAACUUCCAUUAUUUCUCCACAGUCGAAAUUGCCAUGCAGACUUUAUAGACAUCAUAAAAAGAAACAGAGAUCGAUUUAAUGGUGGGGUGGUUCAUUCCUUUACUGGUACAAUAGAAGAGGCAAAAGAAUUGGUUGAACAGGAUCUGUAUAUAGGUAUCAAUGGAUGUUCCUUAAAGACACAAGAAAACCUUGAUGCAAUGUGUAGUGUACCAUCAGAGAGACUUAUGAUUGAAACAGAUGCCCCUUGGUGUGAAGUUAAAAACACACAUGCAGGAAAAAAACAUGUGACAACAACGUUUCCUUCAAAGAAGAAAGAAAAAUGGGAAAAAGGAAAUACAGUAAAAAGUAGAAAUGAACCAGCUCAUAUAAUACAAGUUCUAGAAGUAAUGGCAGGUGCCCGUAAUGAAGACAAAGACAGUUUAGCUGAGAUCAUGUAUAACAAUACAAACAGACUUUUCUUUGGUGUUGAUAAAUAAAAUAAAUUAUCAUAGAAUUA